AAAUGAUCAAAAUAAAUGUCAUUGUAAAUCAACUCAACACAUCCUAUUCAAUUGAAGUGUAACCUAAUCAAAAGGGCACUAAUAUUUUGCAAUAACUCUUCAACAAAUUGGAUUUGGAUUAGGAGAUCAGAAAAAGCAUCUAGACUGUUUUAAAGGUGUAGGGUGAAGUAGUGGAUUCCAGUUUAACAAUUAAUGCCCUUUAAAUUCACAAUUAUUCAUAAGUGGAAGUUGUUUUCUCAAAACAAAUCACCAUCGAGUGUGAACAUUAACAUUUAGGCUAAAUAAAAUUUGAAGCAGAUGCGUUUGCUUCUAUUAAUUAAUUUCGAAGCUAUUUGAUCAAAAAUUUUGUCAAUAUCAAUUCAUGCUAGAUCUUAGUAGUUAAUUUACCAAAUGGAACUCAAUUGGGAAUAGAUGCAUGGGCUAAAUAUGGCAUAUUUAAAAAUAUAAAGGUGGGACUCUAAAUUACAAAUUAAUAGAAAAUCAAAUUCAAAGAAACCAUACACGAAUUAGAGAUUGACAUUUUCUCAACUGUAGCAAAGAUUAUUGCUUAUUUUAAGAGUAAAUUUAAUGUUAACGAUGACAUCAUUACUUUUAAGCAGAUAUUCCCAGAUAAAUUGUACAAGGAAGUAUAUGUUCCAGGAGAAAAUAUCUGGAUUGCAGAGGAAUAAAAGGAGUUCUAAUUUAAAAUAAUUGGGGAAUCCCAAGAGACAAAGAUGAUCAAAAUACAAAAGGAUGGGAGUGUUUUUGAUUUAACUAAAAAGGCGAGAGAGUGCUUUUAAUUAGACAAAACGAUACCAAUACAAUUAAAGUAGAAACUCAAUGACAAUAUUCUUGACAUAAACAAUUUGCUGACCCAAGAAUAUAUACAAUCUUUUAGUUCUUUAUAUCUCAUCAGAGAGCCAUCUGACAAUAAGAUCAAUAUUAUGUUGUUAGAUAAAAUCACUCACAAAAAGUAAAUAGAGAGAGUGGAUAUAAAUUCAACUCUAGCUGAUUUAGAUAAGUUCAUAUAACCUAAUGAGAAUAUUUCCUAUUAUGUUGGUAAUGACUUGAAAGAUAGAUAAUCUAGUCUAAGUCAAUUAAAUUUGAAAUCUGAGUGCGAAAUUGCUUAUAAAGGUAGCAUGAAUCAAAAAUAGCAAUCUUUUUGGUUUAAUGAUUAAAAUAGCAUUAUAAUGGAACAGUUUUCCGCGGUACAUUAGCCAAGUGAAGAGUCACUCACCAUUAAAUUUAUCAAUAAAAACACAAAAAAGACAGACGAUGUUAUUGUUGACACUUCUAAAACUGUCGAAUAAGAAUUACAAAAAGUUAUUAUGAAUGAAACUAUCUCAGGAAUACGAUAUUAUAAAGUUUUCUUAAAAAAUGAAAAAUAGGUUGAGUUGAAGACUAAAUUUGAGAGUUUGAAUUUGGCUUAGAAUUAGGAAUUAUACUACUUCACUGAAUUUUAAAGAAUACAAGCCUUUAUCGAUCAAGCUAGAUAUGAAAUUGUUAUUGAUUCGAACUCUUAAAUUAAUCAAGUAGAAUAACAAUUUAGAAAUGAACAUAGGAUUGAUAAUUCUUUGAAUUUUGAGCUUGUUAAUUCUGAAAACAAGACUUAGAAAUUAAAGGACUUCUUAAUAAAAUAUCCAAACUUCAAAUUUGAGUUCAAGAAAAGACAAGAAGUUAAAACAUAGGCAAAAACCUCAAUAAAAUAACUAGAGUUCUGUGUAUUCAUAGUUGGGCUUAAUUCUCCUAAAUAAUUAAUGGUUCCAUAGGAUAGUGACUGCUAGUCUCUUUUUGAUUAAAUCAAAAUAUAAUAUAGUUUGCCAUAAAAUUAAGUUAUUAAAUUGAUGGUGGGUGAAAAAUUGAUUGAUCCAAAAGAAUCUAUUUUAGAAACCAGAAGAAUAAUAACACAAACAAAAAAGUAAUUGACAGCUGAGUUUCUAACCUACUUAGAGUUGGAUUUCGAAAAUCUCACAACAAAACGCUCAUAGAACGUUUAAGCAAACCUAGAAGAUACAUUAGAGUAGGUUGCAUUGUAAAACAAGAUAGUUGGGUGGAUCUUCUCUUUUCAGUAUAAAGAAUUAGAUGUGGGGACAAAAAUAAAGGAUCAACCCAUAGAAAACAAAUCUAAAAUCUAGUAUCAAGAAAGAUUAAUUACAUUUGAAAGUAAAAAGAAUGGACAGUAGCACGAGAUAAAAGUGCAACCAGAGGAUACUCUAGAAAUGUUGAUAGAUCGAUUAUAAGUGCAAAUCCAAAAAAUUUAUCUUAAGAGUGAAGCAUUGGAAUUAACAACGAAGAUCAAAGAAAUAGAUUUGAGUAUUGGUGAGAAUUUGAUAUUCGAAGAUAAAGAAGAACUUAAUUAACCGUCUGAGAACUUUUCUUAGAUAUGUAAGGACUUUAGCUUCUCAAUUUUAGUUGGAGAAAGGAAACUAACUUAUAAAUGUGAGCCAAAUUUGAUUAUUGGUGACUUUAAAUAAGCAAUUUAUAAUGAAAUGAUAAAAUAUCUAGACGGAGCUGGAAUCAAUUCAUAUUGUUUGAUGUGGAAUGGAGAUAUUUUGGAAGAUUCACAAAUAAUAUCUACAAUUUGCGAGAAUAAUAAACUCGAAUUAGCAUUUGUGAUGAAUCCAACUUGUUAAGGUUGAUCAACUAAAAUUAUGAAUGAUAUGUCCACAUUUUCAAGAGU